GCUCCGUGGGGAGAGGCGGCUGCUCUGCACUAGCGCGACGCCCGCUGCCGCCGUUCCCCGCCGCUGACGCUGCUGUUGCCCGGCGAGGGAUGGCGCGGCGGGCGCUGCUGCCGUGACGGGACCGCGCCGCUGCCUCACGGGUCCCUAUUCUCGCCAGAGUCGGGUAUGCUGCUGCCGUCCCACGCCGCUGCCGUCCCACGCCGCUGCCCGCCGCUGUGCCCUGGCCCCGCCGGGCCCCUGGAUGGGCCGCGGGAGCUGAUCCGUCCAGGAGGCUCGGGGGAACGGCGGGGAGGAUGAGCUACGCGGGAAGCCCGGCGAGAGCCUACGAUUUCCUGCUGAAAUUCCUGCUGGUGGGAGACAGCGACGUGGGCAAGGGAGAGAUCCUGGCCAGCCUGCAGGACGGAGCCACCGAGUCGCCCUACGGGUACAACCUGGGUAUAGAUUAUAAGACUACAAUGAUACUUCUAGAUGGCCGACGAAUCAAGCUGCAGCUCUGGGAUACAUCGGGGCAAGGGAGAUUCUGCACCAUAUUUCGGUCUUACUCACGAGGUGCUCAGGGAGUUAUACUAGUGUAUGAUAUUACAAAUCGUUGGUCAUUUGGCGGAAUCAAUCGAUGGAUAAAAGAAAUAGAUGAGCAUGCUCCUGGUGUACCAAAAAUCCUGGUUGGAAAUCGCCUUCACUUAGCCUUCAAGCGCCAGGUGUCCACUGAACAAGCACAAGCCUAUGCUGAGAGGCUGGGCAUGACUUUUUUUGAAGUCAGUCCACUUUGUAAUUUCAAUAUUACAGAGUCCUUUACUGAGCUAGCAAGAACAGUGUUGAUGAGACAUGGAAUGGACAGGCUCUGGAGGCCAAACAAGGUACUGAGCCUGCAAGACCUUUGUUGCCGUGCCGUAGUUUCCUGUACCCCUGUGCAUCUUGUUGACAAGCUCCCUCUCCCUGUUGCCUUAAGAAGCCAUCUCAAAUCUUUCUCCAUGGCAAAUGGCCUUAAUGCCAGGAUGAUGCAUGGACGCUCGUACUCCCUCACAUCCAGCAACAUCAAUAAAAGGAACAGCUUAAAGAAAGCCAAAAUCACCCGUCCACCGCAGAGCCUACCAAAAAACUGUACAAGAAACAGCUGUAAAAUCUCUUAAUCUCUUUGUGGAAAAAGGGAACCUGGAUGGAACCUCCUCGUGUGAAGCAUUGAACACAAAACACAAAGAAUCCUUGCUUAAUGGUUGCGCACAUUCUAUGUACGUAUCUCACUACAUAGACAAAAAAUGAGAAGAAUAAGUCCUUAGAGCUUGCUCAUUGCAGUAAUGCUGCUUUGGAAUAAGUGACAUGUUCAGUGCACCUGAAAGGACGUGACAUUUUGCCGUUGGAUUUUCAUACUGCGUUUGAGUUUCUGAUGUGCAUGAUGCCAUUGUUUUUACUAGUAGAUGCGUUUUUGUAUAGGGGAUAAUUAUCAUCAUCAUUCAGUUCUUAAUUCCAUGAAAUCUGGAAAGUGAUUGCAUAAUUGUAUAAAACCCUGUCUUUCUGCAAACUGUUCAGGAGUGUAAAGAUGACUCACCUGCGUUUCCAGGCAGGGGUUUUUAAAGGCAAUGUAUUGUAUACAUUGUUCAGUUCUCCACAUAGUGUGACAAAUUCCAGUAGUGCUGCAGUGGUGCAUUUGGAUUUUUUGUGUAGCUUCCUUGGUAACUUUGAAGCACUAACUUAACUAAGGUAAAAAUGUACAUAUAAUUAUUAUGCACAUACACAACCAGGUUUUGUCCCAUUGGUGUAUGUAAUAGAUUUGAUAAAGUUUUUGGUAUGUUAUUUAAUAUUUUGGGGCAUUAAUUUGUGGUUUAAAUACUUAUUUUUCUGUAAAAAAAAAAAAAAGAAUUAAAAUUUACAUUUUAUACCACUCUCCAAGAAGGUUCUAAGAGGAAAAUGCCAAAGACUGUGGUAAAAAGGAACAUGACUUGAAGAGCUGCUUUAUAAGGAAAGAAUAGUAUUUAAAAAGUAAAUAAAUGGUUCUGGAAAAGAAA